AUGUUUUCAGAACAAACUGGAGAGCAAACUGAUGAAGCUCACACUGUUAAUACACCAUCCGAAAAUACUGCCUUCACUAUUGAUGGAAAAUAUUUAUUAGCAUUGUUGAAAGGAUUACAUCAAAUUAUGUACGAAAAGGAUUCAGACAUUACAGAAUCAGCUGUCUAUCAACAAGUAUUCGGAAAUGAAAUUCUCACUGAAGAACAAUCACAAUUUGCAAAGAAAUGUAAACAAAUCAUUAAAUUAGCUGGAUUUAAAAAUUGGAAUUCGGAUGCUUUGAAGGAAUAUUUAACAAAUGAUGAGGAAGCAAAAUCCUUCAUCUCAACUCCUGAACUUGUUCAAUCAUUUGUUAAAUUCUGGUCAUUAAACUCUUUGCAAAUUCACCAAAAAUUGAUUAGUGAUUCUAAGGAAGAAUUUGGUAAUACCAUGAUAGAUAUGAAAUGGAGAAUUGAUCAAAAGACCAACAUUAACAAACUUAGUGAAAUUAAUGAAAGUGUAGCUGUUGUACAAAUAUCAACUAGAAGUGAUGUCAAUUCUACAUUACUUUUUGAAAUGGACAAGGACACAGUCAAGAGCGUUAUGGAACAAUUCAAAGUUAUUCAAUCAAGAAUUGACCAACUCUCAUAA